AUGGCUGUGGGCGCAGCAGGCUCGCUGAAUCCAAAACAAGGAAACCUGGGCAACACAUGGCCAGGGGGGAAACAGAGCUACACCACCACGUGGGCGUCGGCGAGCAGCCUGGCGCCCAGCAGGCUGGCGGAGCGCCUCGGGCUGGCAGACCGCGAGCGCCAGGCCCGCGCGUCAGACGCCGGCGCGCGGCCCCGCACAGGAAGCGUCGGCGCAGCCGUUCACCCUCUGAUGAAGGUGACGCAGGCGUCUCAGUCGUGUUACGACGUACACGAGCGAAAGGGACCAGAGGUAUCUCCCACCCACGAGGCGUCUAGGUCAUCAUCUAAGAAAUCCAGCACAUCUGCCUUCACCAAUGGCAGACUAGAAGUUUCGCUUCCAGAGUCGAAAGGCGCUAUACCAAAAAGAAGAAUCAAAGACAAAGACAAAGACAGACACAAAGAAAGAGAAAAAGAGAAAGUAAAAGUGAAAUACAAACGAGAGGAGCUUGACGUCCGGUCGGUGACUGUUCCUCUCAAAGACAUCAUCUGUUACUUGUCCCUCAUAGAAGGAGGACGGCCGGAAGACAAAUUAGAGUUUAUGUUCCGUCUAUACGACACGGAUGGAAAUGGCGUACUGGACACUGAUGAAAUCGACUGUAUCGUAAACCAAAUGAUGAAUGUAGCAGAGUACCUAGGAUGGGAUGCUUCCGAGUUGAAGCCGAUCCUGAAGGACAUGAUGGUGGAGAUAGACUACGACGCCGAUGGCACGGUGUCCCUGGAGGAGUGGAAGAGGGGUGGCAUGACCACCAUCCCACUGCUAGUUCUCCUGGGCUUCGAAUCGAGCGUGAAGGAGGAUGGCCAGCACGUCUGGAGACUGAAGCAUUUCAACAGACCUGCGUACUGCAACUUGUGCCUUAACAUGCUCGUUGGCCUCGGGAAGAAAGGCCUCUGCUGCGUAUUGUGCAAGUACACGGUGCACGAGCGCUGCGUUCAGCGAGCACCUGCGUCUUGCAUCGCAACCUACGCCAAGUCCAAGAAGAUGUCACAGACCAUGAUGCACCACUGGGUAGAAGGCAACUGCCACGGCAAGUGCGACAAGUGUCGGAAGACCGUCAAGAGCUACAACGGCAUCAAUGGCCUGCACUGCCGCUGGUGUCAUCUAACGCUACACAACAAAUGCGCGUCACAAGUGAAGCCGGAAUGCAAUCUGGGUGAGUUCCGGGUGCACGUGUUGCCGCCAACUGCCAUCUGCCCCAUUGUACUGGACAGACAACGAUCUAUCUCCAGGCCGGGCAGGCGUGAACAGCGCCCCGCCGAAGCCGCAGCCGCAGCCGUCCAGUCUGUGUCAGCCGAACCAGUACCACACCCAGCAACAAUAAUGACUGCGACGACCACCAUGACCACCACGACCACCAUGACCACCACGACCACCACCACCGCAAUGGGCCACUACCAACACGCAGAAGGAGCGUACCCCCCAAUGUCCUUCCAGAUAAUGCCGCCAACGAACACGUGUCCGUUGGUGGUCUUUGUAAAUCCCAAAUCUGGAGGACGACAAGGCGAACGAAUGCUCCAUAAAUUUCAGUACCUGCUUAACCCCCGCCAGGUGUACAAUCUUGCAAAAGGUGGUCCCAUGGUGGGCUUGACCCUUUUCAAAGACUUAUGCAACGUCAGGGUCAUCUGCUGUGGAGGCGACGGAACUGUGGGAUGGGUUCUCGAAUCCAUGGAUCGCAUCCAAUACGAACAACAACCAGCAGUUGGGGUCAUACCACUUGGGACCGGAAACGACUUAGCAAGAUGCCUACACUGGGGCGGAGGCUAUGAAGGAGAAAACAUCGGCAAAAUACUUAAGAAAAUAGAACGUGCUUCCCAGGUAAUGAUGGAUCGAUGGCAGAUCGAAGUUAUUCCAGAGUGCACGAGCGGAGACGAAUUACCGGGAGACCCAGUGCCUUACACAAUCAUCAACAACUACUUUUCUGUGGGUGUGGACGCUGCCAUUUGCGUGAAGUUCCAUCUGGAGAGAGAGAAAAAUCCAGAGAAGUUUAACAGCCGCAUGAGAAACAAGCUUUGGUAUUUUGAAUUCGCAACAUCGGAACAGUUUGCAGCGUCCUGCAAAAACCUCCAUGAAGAUAUAGACAUCACCUGUGACGGCGUCGCGCUGCAGCUGGCGGGCGGCCAGUCGCUGCAGGGCGUCGCGCUGCUCAACAUCCCGUACACGCACGGCGGCUCCAACCUGUGGGGCGACCACGGCAGCCGGCGCAUCUUCCGCCGCCGCCGCAAGCGCGCCGGGCCCGCCGACACCGGCAGUGCCAUUCAAGACAUCGGCGACCGGAUGAUUGAGGUGAUCGGGCUGGAGAACUGUCUCCACAUGGGACAGGUGCGCACGGGGUUGCGAGCGUCUGGUCGCAGGCUGGCGCAGUGCUCAUCCGUCAUCAUCCGCACUCGCAAGCGCUUCCCCAUGCAAGUAGAUGGAGAACCGUGGAUGCAGCCGCCCUGCACGAUUAAAAUUACACACAAGAACCAAGUUCCAAUGUUGAUGGCUCCACAGCCGGAAAGAGGAAGAGGAAUCUUCCGUUACUUAAGGAGGUGAACCAUUUACCUCGUGGUGAAUGGUAACAAUAAAAUAUGGAUACUUGUAAAUUUUAUUGUAUUUUUGAUGUUACACAUAUUUUUCAUUUAAGUAAUGUGGUAACACAAAAAGUAAUUGUUGAUACCUUCAAUUCUGCCACUUUAUCCUUUUUAUUUAAAGUUUUGAAGAUUCUUUUCAAGUGCAAUAUGUAGAUUCUUUCCUGACUAUAACUUCUCUUGUUUCUUUAAGGCAUAUGUGCUUUUUAUUGAGUGUAGCACGAUAUAUGCAUAAAAAAGGAAAACUAUUUAUUUUGCCUCACGAAAUGCCUCAUAAAAGGCUGCAAAUCGCUCUGUGACAAUAUAUAAAUAUAUAAACACAACAUUUCUGGUGUAAUUUGCUUGCAAUACUAUAGUUUGAAAUAUCAUUGUGAAAAAUGAUGUACUGUACAAACAACUGAGUAUACUGGAAUAACUUUUCAUUCACAUAAUGUUCUGUCAGGAGAAUUUUCUGCAGUAUAUUUUAAGCACCAUCUUUGUCAGUUGCCCUUUAUUGGUUAAUAUGGAUGUUACUCAGAUGGAUGCAGUACUUGUUCACCAGAAACUAUGUAACUGUAACAUUGCUAUAUGCUGUUACCAGUGGUAAGAUUUACUGCUUCUGGUAGGGUAUAUAAAUUGUGUUACAAAAUUAUAUAUUAUUACUAUUAUAAGAGUGUCAUUAUUAUUGUUGAUAUCAUAUCACCAUUAUCAUUUCUACCAUCUUCAGUGACACUGUUAAAACUCCAUUUCAUGCACUGUGCAAGGUUAAAGCAUCUGUAUUUCAGUUUGAAAGGAAGAGAUAUCAUCCCACUUACCUGUAGGAAAACCUGAUAGCACUUGUGGAGACAAGAACACACAGAAUAAAGGAGCGCUCUUUUUUAGUGAUGUUAACGGAAAACAACAGAAAAGUGUUACGACUAGCAACAUUUAUUUGUUACUGAGUUUCCCAGUUGUACAUGUAGUCUGCUGGAGUGAGGUAUGUUCAGUGUGACAGCAAAUACUUAUCCGAAUUAACGGUUUAUUCUCUUAUCUCUAAGAGUUUUAGAGGCAUAUUUUCAUGUCAUUUCGACAUUCGAAUCCACUAAUGUCCACAUUCUGUAAAUUAGAAACUAGUUGUGCGGUUUUCUUUUCUGAAUAUAUAGUGCAGUCACUGUAAAAGCUGACAACCAUUGGUUGUUUUUCUUUCUGGUAUAUUUCUAAAAUAAUUUUAUGUGUUUAGAGAUGCAUAUGGUCUGUUGUCAAUCAUUUUAACCACAUGAUACUUAAUGACAUCAGGAUUUAGUAAUCAUUUGUGUUUCAUGUGAACCAAACUAACCGAGGUUUUAGAAACGAAUAAAUUUCAUAAUUGAAGCAUUAUAUACUUUUUUUACCUUAUAUCUAUUUAUUUACUCAACGUGAGUUGUGGUGCCUUUCUAUCUGUAGGUGAGGAUGUUCUCACACUGAAGGUUGAUUUGAACUCAACAGUGUUUUAGAAGUUGUUGUUACAAUAGAAUUUGUUUGGCCAUGUUUUGAUACACCUUGCAAACCAGCUCAUACAGUUAUUUAUUGGAGGACUUACAUUUUCAUCCCAAAUACGAAACAUUGAACCACUUAACUUUUUCACAUGCACUGAUAAUUUUCAGAAAAGAUGGUCACAUUAAGUGCAAGAAAACAAAGA